CUCUCACUUACACCCAAACAUACAAACCCCAAACCCUCACACCAUCGGUAGCAGAAAACCCGUCGGCACCAGAAGACUCUUGUCGGCGGUGACCUCUCAGCUCUCUCACUGUCUUAAGAGACUGAAACGACGUCGUUGUGAUCUCUUUCGCGUAUCGAUGAUGGCCAGGGGAGUGGAAUCGUGGUCUCCGUCGCCGUCGCCGCCUGAGGGAAGAUGAGAAGGGAAAGUGGUGGUUGUUGGAGGAGCGAUGGUAAUGGACUUUCCGUUGGAUGACAGUGGUGCGACGUCGUUUUCGUCCUCCUCUUCUUCUUCGCCCUUUCUUUGCCCAAAUUGCCUUGCAGGCUUCGCCGAAGACUCUCCGAGUCUAAGUGCCCGCAGAACUGUACUGUCGAAGAUAUCGAAGCCAAGCUCCGCCACGCCGAUCUUCGUCGCCAGCAAUACUAUGAGAAAUUGUCAAACAAGGCUCGAGCAAAGCCCAGAAGCCCAUCACGGUCCUCAUCUAAUGAGGAAGAUCUUGGUCAGCGCCUUGAAGCGAAGCUCGAAGCUGCUGAGCAGAAGAGGGUACCCAAGUACACUUAGAGAGCUUGGAAGACAAGACCCCUAAGGCCAACUUUAAUCCACCAUUGUGUACACUGAAGAAAAUUUCCAACGAGG